CUCCCCGGGCCGGUCUCCCUCUCCCCCUGUCUCCCCGGGCCGCUAUGUCCGUCUCCAUCCAGCUCCAGCCCAGCCCCCGGUGCCUGUUCGAUGAGCCGCUCGAGGUGAGAGUGAGCGGCCUCUCCCCGCUCCAACAGGUCACCCUCAAGGCUUGGCUCCGCGACGACAAGGAGCAGCUUUUCCAUUCGGCCGCUUUCUACACGGCGGACCCCCGCGGGCAGCUCGACCUGGCUCACUCCCCCUCCCUGGGGGGACACUACACCGGCGUCCAGCCCAUGGGCCUCUUCUGGUCGCUCAGCCCCGUCACCCCGUUCACUCGCCUGGUCAAGAGGGACGUCGCCACUUCUCCCCUGUCCGUCCACAUCGAGAUCUUUGAGGGACACUGGAGCCUCGGGCAGCUCCCAGCACAGCCUCUGGCCACCGCCAUCAAUCAGCGCUGGUUCAUGAAGGAAGGGCUGCUCAGGAUCCCAGUCAGAGAAGGCAGGAUCCGAGGGACACUCUUCAUCCCACCCGGUUGAGGGUCCUGGAGUUGGAGCAAUAGGAAUUUCAAAAGGAGGAGAUCUAGUUCUCUCGAUGACCAC